AUGUUGGAGAAGCCCGAGGUCUGCGCAGCCAAUGGGAAGCCUUGGAGACAGCGGAUAAUUGUUGUGGGAGGGGCUGUCGCGAGGCCUCUUGUGGCUCCCUCUUGCGACGAGACCCGGGGUUGCUCACUUCUGGCGGCGGGUCCAGAUUAUUUUCUGAAUAUAGCUUCAAGCAGCAGCAGUGGAAAAGAUAUGUCUGAAAUACCAAAACAGAAAAAGGCUAGUAGCUGUGUCGUGAUUGACUCCGACUCGGAUAAUACCAAUGAAGAAAAGAACACUACAAUCUGUGAAAUAAGCAGUGGAGAUGAAUCUUCUGACACUGAUCAUCCCAGAGGCGAGGAGCUUCCAGUAAUUGUUAUUGACGACGAUGAUGGCAACCCUGAUUCGAAGAAUACUGAGCAGAAAAGUGAUGAACCCCAAGAAAAAGAGGGGGUUGAAAGUACUAAUCCUAACCAAAGUUCACCUCAUGAUGCUUGUGAAAUAUGGGAUCUUUGUGCGAGUUCCAACCAGGCAUCAAGUGAAUCUGAGCCAGAAAGGGAGCCCAAAUCUGAGCCCAAGGGGGAUCCUGAAUCUGAGGCCAAGGGGGAUUCUGAAUCUGAAGCCAAGGGGGAGCCCAAAUUUAAGGCCAAGGGGGAGCCCGAAUCUGAGGCCAAGGGGGAACUCGAAUCUGAGCCAAAGGGGGAGCCCGAAUCUGAGGCCAUGGGGGAGCCCAAGCCAGAGGCUGCCAAGGGGGAGCCCGAGCCCGAGGCUGCCAAGGGGGAGCCCGAGCCCGAGGCUGCCAAGGGGGAGCCCGAGCCCGAGCCCGAGGCUGCCAAGGGGGAGAUGAUGGAGAUUGAGGCUGCCAAGGGGGAGAUGAUGGAGAUUGAGGCAGCUAUGGGGGAGGUGGAGACUGAGGCAGCUAUGGGGGAGGUGGAGACUGAGGCAGCUAUGGGGGAGGUGGAGACUGAGGCAGCUAUGGGGGAGNNGGAGACUGAGGCAGCUAUGGGGGAGGUGGAGACUGAGGCAGCUAUGGGGGAGCCCGAGCAAGAAAUGACAGCUGAAGAAGCCAAAAAGAAAAGGGCUGCAUAUUUGUUGGCACAACAAAGGAAAAGAAAGAGAAAGAACAGAUUCAUUUGUAUGUCAUCUAGUAAGCCACGUAGGAAACGCCGUAGGGCUGAUGGGGGUGACCCACAGGAUCAGGCUGACCCACAGGAUGGGGGUGACCCACAGGAUCGGGCUGACCCCCAGGAUUUGGCUGACCCCCAGGAUAGGGGUGACUUCCAGGAUAGGGAUAACUCCCAGGAUAUGCCCAGCCUGCCAGGUACAUCUGAAAAUCGUAGUUCUCCUGAUGAGCCCAUUCCAUCAGGCCAGCCUGUUUGUCCCCGCAAAGGAAGGAGAGGAAGAGGCAGAGGGGCAAAGGCACGCAAGUAA